ACAAAACAUGCGAACUCCAAUCGUCUUUUAACAAAAUUUAUGAUUUGCUCUUUCCCAACGCACAUGCUGAGAACAUGAUUCUAAUGGAUAAUAUGAUGCCUAAUAUGUCAGAGAUAACGUUGAUGUUUUGGAUAAAAAUGAACUCGAGUCAACGAAUGGCCCUGUUUUCUUACGCUAUAGAAGAUAGUCCUGAUGAAUUUUUUGUUGGCUUUGAAAAAAAUUGGCUUAUUAUCAGAAUGCAGUCCAAGGAUAUUUUAAAACUCAACAUAACACAAAUCAACGACGGUAUUUGGCAUCACCUGGCCAUCAUAAUUGGUCACAUGAGUAAAAAAAUUUAUCUUGAUGGAUUUAAAAUUUAUAACAAAACUAAGUUAAAUCAUUCAUUACCAUUAUUACGCGAUGGUGGUGUUGUUGCUAUUGGUCAAAAACUUGAAUGUGUGAAUGGUGUUUUUGAUCCAAAUAUGUCAUUUGUUGGUGAAAUAAGUUAUUUGAACUUGUGGAACAAUGACGUUACACGUGAUAAAUCCUGUCCUAAGAUGCUGAUCAUUGAUGAAUGUACACGUGGUCUAAAUGAAAAUACUUUUGUAAUUAAGUGGAGUCAUGUGUACCAAUUUGCAAGUGGAAAUGUUACAAAAGUGCCUUCAUUACCUAAGUUUGGUUUUUCAUCAUGCAAAGAAGCAUUAAAAGAUAACAGUUCAAAAGAUGGUGCGUACUUGAUAAAGACAAACACUUCACUUGGCUACAGCAAAGUUUUCUGUAAAAGAAUCAUAUCUGGUUGUUCAGGAGAAGGUUGGACGCUGGUGAUGAAAAUUGAUGGGAAUAAGAAAACAUUCGAUUUUGACUCAUCGUUUUGGACAAAUAAAAGUAGUUACAAUAUUAAAGGUGGUAAAACAGGAAUGGAUGAUUUGGAAACAAAACUUCCUACCUACUGGAGCACCAAAAUUAACAAGAUAUGUGUUGGAAUGAAACUCAACGGUACAAACUUCAUCAGCUUCAAGAUGAAAGCUAAAUCGUUGUAUGAUGUCAUCGCUGGUGGAGAAUACCGCAAAACAAGUGUGAACCGAAGCCAAUGGAUGUCAUUAAUCAAAGACAGCGUUCUUCAACGAUACUGCAAUAAAGAAGGUUUUAACGCCAUUGCAACAGGAGAGUUUCACGCUCGUGUAAGGCUUGGUAUCAUAGGAAAUGAGGAAAUUGGUUGUCGUUUAUCCGAUUCUUUCAUUGGUUUUGGUGGUCCAUACAACGGUAAAUACUGCUCGCGAAAACCUCAUAUCAACAGCUGCGGGAACUCAGCUCGUUGCACAAGAAAGCUGAAAAAGCCGAUAGAGCUUAAAUCAAUGGGAUACAUUUUUGUUUCUUAAUUACAAAAGUGGUAAUAGGAAGCACACUUGUUCUUGUUUCAGGCUAUACAUAUUUGUAAUUCGAAUUAUGCAGAACAAGCUGUAGAUGUACUUACUUUUUAAAGUAAGUUUUUCAAACUAUAUUUAACCAUGUUUGUUUGAGUAAUAUUUAGCAGACUCCUUCAAAAUGUAUUAGAAAAUCACUUUUUCAAAGCUUUCAUUUGAUUAUUCUAUAAUGAGCAUGAAAUAUACGUAUUAAACACAACAAAAUUCA